UUUUCGCCGCUCAACCAUCUGAGAGUUCAAACGUUUCUGGCCGUCUCGCCGGUAGCCGGCAAGAGCUAUUGGAACUUUAUGCGAGGGAUCCUGCGCGUGUUGACGGAUCACGGUCACCGCGUCACCGUGUUUACCGCAAAUCCUGACGGCGACCGGAAGAACUACACGGAAGUCGACUUGACGGACAGUUUCUCAUCAUUACUGAAGAUGGACAUCGACCUCGUGGAAAGGGAAUUGAUGGACCACGACGAUUUGAUUAACUAUGUGCACGCAUACUGGCGCAAUGCAUGCCAAAAACUUUACGAGCACGAAGCUUUCGGUAAAAUAACAAACGAUUCGCACGCAAAAUUCGACGUCGUCUUCGCAGAGAUAAUAAGUUCGGAGUGCAUUUCGUAUCUGUCGGUCCUGCUGAACAACGUACCGUUAGUGUAUGUGAGUCCAUCGCCACUGAUUUUGUACAAAGAACGUUCCGUUUUCGGACACUAUUCGAACCCGGUGGUCGUGUCUCACACGUUAUCCAAAUACAGCGUGUCCAGAACGUUCCUGGAGCGGUUCACCAACACGUUGUUGCACUGCUACAAGUCGUCGCUUCUCCAAUACAAAGUCUGGUCGAUUCCCAAAAAGUAUCUGCAACCCUUUGACCUGGUAGAACCGGCCAAGCCAUCAAUAGUGUUCAAUAACGCGCACUACAUUACCGAUUCCUCCAGACCUCUGCCACCGAGUGUCAUACAGGUCGAAAGUAUCCACCUUGAUCCGCUGAAAGGAAUUCUUAACAAUAUUUUAAAAUUUAUUGAAAAUGCACCACGAGGAGUUAUAGUUUUCACACUUGGUUCGAUUGUAUCAGUAUCGUCGUUGUCAAAAAAUAUUAAAAACGCAAUAAUAGAUGUACUAGGGCAAGUUCCUCAGAGAGUGUUGAUGAAAUAUGAAGAGGAAUGGAUAACAGAUUUACCAAUAAAUAUAAUGACAAUUAAAUGGUUUCCUCAACGAGAUAUACUAAUGCAUCCAAAUGUAAAACUAUUUAUUAGUCACGGUGGGAUUUUUGAUGUAUAUGAGGCCGUUGACGCUGGUACUCCUGUACUUGGAUUUCCUGUAUUUUUCGAUCAAUCAAGAAAUUUAGAAAAAUUAGUAAACGCAAGGAUAGCUAUUUCACUAAAACUAAAAUCAAUUACCAAGGAUAUGUUUUUAAAAUCUAUUACAGAGCUUAUUAAUAACGAAAAGUAUAAGAGAAAUGCUGAGAUCGCUGCUGAACAAUUUAAAACCCGUCCAAUGUCACCGGCACAAACAGUCGAUUAUUGGACGAGGUAUGUUAUUCGUCAUAAAGGAGCUCCUGACUUGAAAUCUCACACAUUAAAUUUGACUUGGUAUCAAUAUCUCUUACUGGACGUAUUCGGUGUGCUAUUUUUAAUUGCUUUAUUGAUUUCAUACGCUACAUAUAAAUGUGUUAAAUUUAUGAAAAAAAAGUAUACCGGAAUUAACAAAACCAAAAUCAGAGCAACUAAACGUUCAUCACAACUAAAACGUAUUAUUGUUUACGCGGACAAAACCAUUUCCAACCAAAAUCGUACUCUUCCUAGGUUAGGGAUGGGCAUGAAAUCCGAAUAUCUGAAUUAUCCGGAUAUCCUGAUAUACAAAUCCGGAUUUGAAUCAAAUUCUUAUCCGGAUUUGCCGAAGUAUCCGGAUUAUUCAGAUGUAUGA